AUGGUAUCCCAACAAGGCAGUAAGAGCUAUUUUCGCCAGCUCCACAAAUUCAAAACAGACUAUUCUGCUAGCAGAUUUACGCAGUAUGAAUCUGAGAGGACUGGAAUGAGGGUGGUUGUCAUAGACCAAAAAGGGCCAAAGGUGUACGGGUAUUUUGUACUUGCAACUGAAAUCCAUGAUGAUUCCGGUUCACCCCAUACCCUAGAGCAUUUAUGCUUUAUGGGUUCAAGGAACUACCGGUAUAAAGGCUUCCUUGACAAGUUGGCCACCAGGCUGUAUUCCGAUACAAACGCAUGGACCGCCACCGACCAUACCGCCUACACCCUUGAUACUGCCGGGUGGGAGGGAUUCUCCUUGAUUUUGCCCAUAUAUUUGGAGCAUAUCGUGGCGCCCACUCUCACCGAUGCCGGAUGCUAUACCGAAGUUUACCAUAUCGAUGGCACCGGACACGAUGCGGGAGUAGUAUAUUCUGAGAUGCAAGGGGUCCAGAAUCGGUCUUCAGAGUUGAUAGAUUUACGGUCUCGUAGAUUGAUGUACCCAGAAGAAGUCGGCUUUCGGUAUGAAACUGGCGGGAUGAUGGAACAGCUCCGCGUUCUCACAGCAGAGCGUAUUCGUGCAUUCCACAAGGAUAUGUACCAGCCAAAGAAUUUGUGUCUGGUAAUUAUCGGAGAGGUGGACCAUGUUGAUCUCCUCUCCGUAUUGGAUCAGUUUGAAAAUACUAUUCUCGACGCUAUUCCUAUUCCUGAUGCUCCCUUCAAGCGCCCAUGGGUGGAAUCAACCCAACCACCGCAGCUGGAAAAGUCUGUUAUCGACACUGUUGAGUUCCCGGAGGAGGAUGAAUCCUUUGGUGAAAUUGAAAUCCGCUUUCUGGGACCGAACUGCAACGACCGCGUUCAGACCGCUGCACUCAAUGUCGCUUUGAUGUAUCUUGCGGGAUCAUCAGCGGCUUUACUAGAAAAUGUGCUCGUUGAAAAGGAGCAGGUGACUACUGCAGUUUACUAUUCAACUGACGAAAGGCCACGGACGGAAAUUCGGUUUACUCUAACCAGCGUUGCUACAGAGAAUUUACGUGACGUUGAGCGCCGAUUUUUUGAAGUGCUUACUGACGCUAUGCGAAAUGAGAUAGACAUGAAAUACAUGCGUGAAUGUAUUGAGAGGCACAGGCGGAAUUGGAAGUUCUCUGCAGAAAACUCAGCGUCCUCGUUUGCAGACUAUGUCAUUAGUGAUUUCCUCUUUGGUGACAAAAACGGGUCCAGGCUUCUUGAAAUUGCGACUCUCAAAGAGUACGAAGAGCUGGAGUCAUGGCAUGACAACCAGUGGCGUGGAUUUAUCAAGCAAUACAUGGCCGAUGCCCCCCAUGUCUCAGUCCUUGGAGUACCUUCUGCUAAGUUGGCCGCCAAAAUAAAAGUCGAUGAGGAGGCUCGGAUUCAAGAGCGCAAGGAGAAACUCGGCGAGAAAGGCCUACAGCUCCUUGCUGAGAAGCUAACAAAGGCAAAGGCUGAAAAUGACAAGCCGAUCCCUAGGGAAAUUUUGGCCAAAAUCCAAGUCCCCGAUACGGACUCAAUCCAUUUUAUCCAUACAACCACGGCUAAGUCAGGUACUGCGUUGAAAGACGGACGACCUGAUAACAAGUUUCAGCAAUUGAUUGAUUCCGAUGACAUGAAUUCCUCCUUGUUUAUCCAUUUUGAGAACAUAAGCAGCAAUUUUGUCCAAUUCUCGUUGGUGAUUUCUACUCAAGGAGUGCCCGUGGAACUUCUCCCGCUGUUAUCGGUGUACACGGAGACCUUCUUUAGCCUUCCGAUCGACAGAGACGGCGAACGCAUCUCAUUUGAGCAGGUAAUCGUUGAUCUUGAAAGGGACACCGUGGGAUAUACUAUGGAUACCAGCCCCGGAAAUUCUGAAAUGCUAGCAAUAACAUUUCAGGUUGAAGUGGAAAAGUACCAGGCCGCCAUCAUGUAUCUGAAGGAGCUCACGUGGAGCUCUGUAUUCGAUCCUGAACGACUUGUCGCUGUUACGACCCGAUUAUUUUCGGACGUUCCGGAUGCGAAACGGAGCGGAAGCAGCAUGGUAGACGCUGUGCGAUACAUGAUCCAAUAUGCCCCCGAAUCUCUUCCUCGGGCGAGGUCAACACUGGUGAAAGCCAAGUAUUUGAAGCGUGUCAAACGGUUGCUUGCGAAGGACCCUAGGGAAGUUAUACAACGGAUGGAGACGAUCCGCAAAACCCUGUUCCAGCCCAAGAAUAUGCGGAUACUCGUCAUUGGUGAUUUAUCGAAGCUGAAGAACCCAGUUUCAUCCUGGAAACCAUACGUUGAUGGCCUUGAUAUGGCAAAGCCUCUUGAGCCGGUUGUCAAAUUACACGAGCGGCUCAGUAACGCCGGUAAGAAGCCUGGUCAGCUUGCGUACAUCGUACCGAUGCCGACUCUUGACUCCUCCCACGUGAAUGCGACUACAAAAGGGUUGAAUUCGUAUGACCACCCGAAAUUGCCAGCGCUCAUGGUUGCUAUUGCAUACAUGAACUCUGUGGAGGGUCCGCUGUGGGUGGCCGUCCGAGGCACCGGCCUAGCCUAUGGGGCGUCUUUUAGGCACAGUACCGACACUGGCCUCGUCCACUUCAACAUCUACCGGUCGCCUAACGGUUUUAAAGCGUUCGAAGCGGCGAAGAAAGUUGUUGACGACCAUAUAUCGGGGGCUGCGGUGCUUGAUCCAGUGAUGUCCCCUGAGGGCGCUAUCAGCACCAUCGUGGCGGGAUUCGCAAAUGAGCAAGCAACGAACAUCCUUUCCGCGCAAGACAGCUAUAUUCGGCAAGUCAUUCGGAACCUCCCCGCAGACUACAAGGAAACCCUGUUGAAGCGAGUGCGAGCGGUCACCAUCGACCAACUCAAGGAGGCUCUUCGAGAUAUCAUUCUUCCCGUCUUUACUCCGGACAGCUCAACUGUGGUGGUAACAUGUGCUCCGGUUCUGGAAGAGAGAAUCAAAACUGGAUUUGAAUCACUCGGAUUCAAGCCUGAAGUGCAGUCCCUCAGUUACUUUGAGGAUGACUACGGGUUGCAGCUGGACGAGGAGGAGGAGGAGGAUGAGGAGAACGAAGAGGAUAGCGGGUUGGACAGCGACGCUGGGAGCAGUCUGCAACAGUAUCCCCGACUUCCCGCAAUCAUGGCGCCCAUGAGUGAUUACUCCGACGACGACUCGCAGCCGGGCUCGCCCACCCUGGCAGCCGACCAGAACGGCGCUGACCAGGACGAUUUUGACGACCUGGAGGAGGAUCUCGAAGAGCUAGACGCAAAGCCCCUCAAAUCCGCCUUGAAACAGCCAUCCUCCGCGCCCUCAGCACCUGCCGAACCCAAGCCGGAACUCCCAGAGCAACCAGAUCCAGAAACGCUGGACCUCUCAACGUUAACUCCCCUGUCUCCCGAGAUCAUUGCCCGACAAGCUACAAUUAAUAUCGGCACUAUUGGCCAUGUCGCUCACGGCAAGUCGACGGUGGUCAAGGCGAUUUCCGGUGUGCAGACUGUUCGAUUCAAGAAUGAGCAGGAGAGAAAUAUCACGAUCAAGCUGGGUUAUGCCAAUGCAAAGAUUUACAAGUGCGACAAUCCCGAGUGCCCGCGCCCGGGAUGCUAUACGAGUUUCAAGAGCGAAAAGGAAGUCGACCCGCCGUGCAAGCGGGAAGGAUGCGCAGGCACAUAUCGGUUACAGAGACAUGUCUCAUUCGUCGACUGCCCUGGUCACGAUAUUCUCAUGAGUACUAUGCUUUCAGGUGCCGCUGUCAUGGAUGCAGCGUUGCUUCUGAUCGCCGGAAAUGAAACUUGCCCUCAACCCCAGACAUCUGAGCAUCUGGCCGCAAUUGAGAUCAUGAAACUUAACCAUAUAAUCAUCUUGCAGAAUAAGGUCGACCUGAUGAGAGAAGAUGGCGCCCUUCAACAUUACCAGUCGAUAUUGAAAUUUAUCCGCGGCACAGUGGCCGAUGGAUCACCCAUUAUCCCUAUUUCCGCCCAGCUCAAGUACAACAUUGACGCUGUCAAUGAAUACCUCUGCACGCAUAUCCCCGUACCCGUGCGCAAUUUCGCGGCGUCUCCCCAUAUGAUUAUCAUCCGUUCCUUCGACGUCAACAAGCCUGGAUGCGAAAUUGAUUCCUUGAAGGGUGGUGUUGCCGGUGGCUCUAUUCUAACCGGUGUGUUGAAGCUCGGCGAUGAGAUCGAGAUCCGCCCUGGUAUCGUGACAAGAGAUGAGCAAGGCAAAGUCAAGUGCCGUCCCAUCUUUAGCCGUGUUAUCUCCCUCCUCGCCGAACAGAAUGACCUCAAGUUUGCUGUGCCCGGUGGCCUGAUCGGUGUCGGAACAAAGGUCGACCCCACCCUUUGCCGUGCAGAUCGUCUGCUGGGUUUUGUUCUUGGCCAUCGCGGCAAACUUCCUGCUAUCUACAGCGAGCUUGAGGUCAACUACUUCCUCCUUCGUCGUCUCCUUGGUGUCAAGUCCGCCGACGGCAAGCAAGCCAAGGUUGCUAAACUUUCCAAGAAUGAAGUUCUGAUGGUAAAUAUUGGCUCCACCGCUACCGGAGCAAAGGUUAUGGGUGUCAAGGCCGACGCAGCGAAGUUGAGCUUGACCGGUCCCGCAUGUACAGAGAUUGGUGAAAAGAUCGCUCUGAGUCGCAGAAUCGACAAACAUUGGCGUCUGAUUGGGUGGGCGAAUAUUGUUGCGUAA